CUCGCAAUUAGCUGCCACCACAUCCUUGUCGCACAGCUGCCGUUCUCUUCUGGCGCCCUUUACUUACCUGUCGUUUCUAUCAGCACCCAUUUCUUGUUGAUCAACCUCCGACCACCGACCACCGACCAGACAUGGCUGACGCUCGUGGGGAAUACUGGUACUUCGAGCCUGGCGUUGAUGCGAACAAGAUAACGGUACCGGAGCUGCGCAGCAUUCUGCUCAAGCAUGGUGUUGGCUAUCCAUCAUCGGCGAAAAAGCCACAGCUGGUAGCGCUCUUCAACGAGUCUGUAGCUCCUCAGGCGGCGCAAGUCCAGAGGUCAUAUGCGCGCACCAAACGCACGACUCGCGGCAUCGUCGAUAUGCCGUCCAGCUCCAACAGCACCGCCGAGGAUGUCGAGGACGAGACGCUGGUUGCUCCCACGCCGGCCACCAGGCGUACUGCACGCCGUACGGUACGCGGAGCGACCGAGGAUGCCGAUGACAAGGUGCCAGCUCCGCGCACAAAAACCCCGUCGCGCGCGGUACCUGCAAAGCACAGCAGAGCGCUGGAGCCAGAGAUAGACGAGCGCCCAGCAGCCAGGCGCACUCGUAAGAGUGUCACCCCGGCUGUCAAAGAGCCUACGCCCGACCCAGAGGCGUGGCAUCAUGCCGGCCCCGAGAGCCCGUUCACACAAGACAAUCCUUUCCAGAGCGGCAGCUCGCCGGCGAUCCCUGACACCAAGUCACGCGAUAAGAGCCGGAGGAGGACCUUGGGAGCUGAAGUCAAGCAGAGGCGCAAGAGCGACGCGCACCGCCGACGAACGGCUGAGCCCAACGCAGAACAAUACGACGAAGGUAUCGUCGUGCCCUCGCGUAAAACAUUUGACGUGGAGCCCUCACACACGCAAGACGACGAACACGACAGCACAGAUGCGGGCGAAGAGUUCACACCGGAGGCGCAACUGGAGCUAGUGCGCGAGCGUGCGAAGAGCGGAGAGGUUGACAUUCUACCACCUCGUAGGCGUAAGCCAUCUGCGAAGGCAACCGGGACCCUGAAGGCCUUCUCAGCAACCCUUCUCCUCACAACUGCUGCUGUGUUUGGCGGUGUUUGGCGGCAGGAGAAGAUCGAUGUGGGCUUCUGUGGCAUCGGAAGGGAUGCUACAAGCCUUGCUGGUGUGGACGUGCCGGAAUGGGCGAGCGAUGUUCUUCCCCAGUGUGAGCCUUGUCCGCCACAUGCACAAUGCUACAGAGGACUGGAGCUCACAUGCGAUCCUGAUUUCAUACGUCAGGAUCACCCAUUGUCAUUUGGAGGUCUUGUUCCCUUGCCACCAACGUGCGAACCAGACAACGCAAAGACGCGCAGAGUCACAGCCGUCGCCAACAAAGCGGUAGAGAUUCUACGGGAGAAACGGGCUCAAUACGAAUGCGGCGAGCCAGAUGCAGAGGGCAACUUGAUUGACACCCCUGAGGUUGCCGAGGAAGAGCUGAAGCAGACUCUUGCUUCCCGUACGCAAAAGGGCAUGACUGAUAAGGAAUUCAACGAGCUGUUCGAUCGAGCUUUCCCCGAAACAAUCCUGCGGGACGAAGUCGUCGAAGCUGCUGAUGCAACUACCGGGAAACGCAAACUCUCGUCAACCUCUCUCGCAAAGCUCUCCCUCUCCUGCAGCAUCCGAAGAUCCGUCAUCCAAUCUUUUGAACGACAUCUUCUCCAGAUUGUGAUCUUCUUCCUGCUUGUCGCUUCUGGCUCCUAUGGAAGAUACUCAUACACUACCAGUCGAAAGAUGGAAGCUCGCGCGAAGCAGCUUGCCAGCGAAGUCUUUGACAGGCUCGCCAAUCACGCUGCACUUAGCUACCAGGAGCCAGGUGCACAAGUUGAUCGCGGAGUGAGCAUGGCGCAGCUACGAGACGAUGUCCUCCGUAACGAGUUCUCCUCAUCGCGUCGGCAGAAGCUAUGGCAGAGGGUGCAGAAAAAGGUCGAGUUCAACUCAAACGUACGUGCCGCAGUCAGAACCGCGAAUAGCGGUGAUGUGGCUCGCGUGUGGGAGUGGAUCGGUCCCGUGCAUCUCAUCGAGGAUGGGAGGAGCAGCGGUAAGCGCGAGAGCGGCCGCUUCAGCGUUGAAAACACGCCAUCGACAGCGUCUAGGUCGAUGAUGGAGAAGAAGUCGUGGGAUGGAGGGCAUCCUGUUUAUUAGACGCAACAAGAGAUCUUGGAGGUUUAAUAUGGAGGCCAUGGGCGUUUGAGCGGUUCGCUUUUGAUUCGCAUUAUACCAUCUCGUAAUGUCAUUCCACAUGCUUGCAAACAAUGCCAGACACAUCGCAUCUUCUAGGCAUUGACAUCCUAGUCGACACACUGCAAAUCUUUGUCCAAGCCCAGGGUCGAUGGAGACUACAGGGUGGCUGCUUUCGCGCCACAAAACAGUGAGAGCAUAAUUCUAGUGUGAUCGCGGAUGAUCUUUGUAGACCAGAAGCCACUCAGUACAUAUAGAAUGCGACACAUGAUCU